AAUAGGAGCUUGGAAAUGGCGACGCCGAGCAGGCAAGAAGAAGGACAGCUAGGCCUGUUUAUAUUAGCCACAUAGCUAGCAGGCAGCUAGUCAGUGUUCAAGGUUGUAGUGUAUGUUAUGAUACACUCAAGCAAGAGCUCUGCGUACAAGUCAAAUAUGUCUGGCCAUAAUAGUUUUAGCAUGCGACUUAAUUGUGCUCUCUCGAUAAAACGCCGAAGUAUAACGUGAAUGCAGUUUGCAGAUUUGUCGUAGCGUAUCCUUGUAAGGGAUAGAAGUACGAAAUGCAAACCAACAUCUGGUGAAUUUACUUAGCAUCGUUGGUCCUUUAUUGAAAGUACUGCUUUAUCUAAACAACUCAAUGUGUGCUAUUGAUGGAUUUGGAGGAGAAUGAGGUGGAGAGCAGCAGUGAUGCCGGCCCCUCUGGGCUGGAGGAGCCCUCAGAGAGUGGCAUGGGUGUGGAGUCAUCAGAAGCCAUGUCUGCAGACAGCAGCGAUGCAGCUGCUCCACAUGGACAGAUCCCAGAUUCUGACUGCCACGUGGGACAAAGCUCCGAGGGUGUUUUGCUGUUCGUCCCGGAGACCAGCUCAAGCACGGACGUCCGGGUGUCUUCGGUGCACCUCCCGGACUCCUCCUCGGUGGCCCAGUCCACCAGCGUUUCCAGCGUCUCCACGGUGACGCAGUCUGUGCUGGUGUCCGAGUCGGCCCAGAUGCUGGUUCACUCGAGCGUGGUGUCUGACGGAGCCAUGAUGGUGUCCGACUCGACCGCGUCCACCUCCUCAGACCUUGGCUCCGCCAUAGACAAGAUCAUAGAGUCGACCAUCGGACCCGACAUUAUGAACGGAUGCGUAGCAGUAACAAGUGCAGAAGAUGGAGGAGCAGAGACCACCCAGUAUCUGAUACUGCAAGGGCCGGAUGACGGUGCUCCUAUGGUAGCCCAGAUGUCCUCGGCACUGUCCAGCAGAUCAGCCACCGAGGCGUCCGGAGAGGGACCGACCUCGACCUGCGUGGACCAGGGAGACCUGCACGGCCACCUGGAGCCCAGCUACCGGGCCGGAUACUCGGGCUACGCCGAGGAGAGCGGCGACCAGCGGCCCGACCAGCCCGAGCACUCCCACCCCUCCCAGUACAUGGACUGCGGCCCCGACCAGACGGGCGAAUCCUCCUCGUCCGCCUACGGUGAGUGUUCCGGCGACGAGCCCGACCAAACGCGCUCCGGGUCGGGCUUCGCCGACUACAGCGGGGGCGACCGGGACCUGCCCGGCUACGUGGAGUGCAGCGGGGCUGACUCCAACCCCACCAGCCACGGCCACUACGUGGUGGAGUGCAGCGAGGAGUACCUGGAGUGCGGCGGCGAGGCGGAGGUGGAGCGUCCGCGGGGCUACAUCGACAGCAGCGCCGACCACGGCGCGCAGACGGGCCGCCAGUACCCCGGCGAGUACCGAGGGGACUGCGUGGCGGCGGCCGACUCGGAGCAGCCGGGCUACUCUCACUGCACCGUCGGGAGUCACGUGAGCGACGACGAAGACGACGAGGAAGAGGACGAGGAGGAGGACGACAACGACAACGACUUUGGUGGCUUCGACGUUGAAACCCACGACCUCGAUCGGCCACAGCACUCCCAGCAGCAGCAGCAGCAGCAGCAGCAGCAGCAGCAUCCGCUGAACUGCUAUGUGGAGAACAGCGGAGAGGUCUACGCGGACGAAGGCUCUUCCUCCUCCUCCUCCAACCACCACCACCCCAUGGCGGACACUGCGGGGUCCGGCGGGCUGCCAGAGGCCCUGGAGAGCAGCGAGAGUCAGCCGGGGCCCUUUAUCAGCAGCAGCGGCACCUACAACGCCAACCCGGACCCAGAGCCGGAGCCAGAACCAGAACCAGAACCGGAGUUGGGGCCGAUGCUGGACCCCAGCAGGGAAGAGCCCCAGGGCUCCCAGGGGCCCGAGGUGACCCCCGGACGGCUGGGGGACUCGGACAUGUUGGUAGAGAUGGCGGAGGGCAGUGGGGACCGCCAGCCGAACCUGGCGGAGCUGGAGGAGAUGAUGGAGGUGGUGAUCGUGCAGCAGUUCAAGUGCAAGAUGUGUCCGUACAAGAGCACGUCCAAAGACACCCUCAUAAACCACAUGCGGGAUAAGCACUUCAGAAGCGCAGGCUCUGCAGGGGGUGCUCAGAAGAAGCGAGGGCGUGGACGGCCCCCUAAGAGCGAGACCCUGGCCCGGCGGAAAGCGGAGCAGGAGGCGGCCGAGGAGCGGAGGGCCGCCAGGCACAAGGCGGACGAGCCGCUGCCGCCGCCGCCGCCGGCAGAGGAAGAGGACGACGAGGUGGUGGACGCCGGGGCCAUCGACGACCCAGCAGAGGAUAGCGACUAUAACCCAGCUGACGAAGAAAACAGCUGCAAGCCGCAACCCACUACUGUGAAGCCCCCCCAUCUUCCUCCUCCAAUCUGCUCCUCUCCCUCUUCCUCCUCCUCACAGGGACGCCCUCGCCGCAAGGUGGGCCGUCCCAGGAAGUUCAGCCUGGUGGAGGAGGGCUACGGCAGUAGAGAGGGGAUCGAAGAAGAGGGCAGUCCUGCCAAGAAGCUCAAACUGGAGAUGGAGGCUGCGGACCCUGAUGAGGCCAGUACUUCUGGCCUGGGCAAUGCUCCCACAGAAAACGGAUCUCCAGACGCGGCUGAGCCCUCGGUCAGCCAAUCAGACUCCGAGAACAAAGACCCGUCCUCACACGCCGGGCAGGAGGAGGACUUCCCUAAGAAAAGAGGACGGCCCUCCAAGAGGUUCCUCCGGAAGAAGUAUAGAAGAUACAUGAACCGCAAUCGCUAUUACAAAUCCCUCAAGCCGCUGCUGAGGCCCCAUAACUGCUGGAUCUGCGGCUCGCGCUUCCUGUCCCAGGAGGACCUGCGCUUCCACGUGGACUCCCACGAGGGCAACGAGCCCGAGCUCUUCAAGUGUCUGCAGUGCAACUACCACUGCAAGCGCUGGUCCUCCCUCAAGGAGCACAUGUUUAACCAUGAGGGCAAGAAGCCGUUCAAGUGUGAGGAGUGUGACUACAGCAGCGUGUAUAACAAGGAUGUUCUGCGCCACUCCGCCGUCCACAACAAAGAGAAGAAAAGAAAAAUGGAAAUGCUUCCAAAAAUCUCCCAGUUCCCGUGCCCAAUUUGUCACAGGGUCUACCCUAUGCAAAAGAGACUCACCCAGCACAUGAAGACCCACAGCACUGAGAAACCUCACAUGUGUGAUAAGUGUGGCAAAUCCUUCAAGAAGCGGUACACGUUUAAAAUGCAUCUGCUGACCCACAUCCAAAGUCUUGGAGACAGCCAGUUAUCGUGUGGCAGGUUCAAGUGUGAGUACUGCGACUACACGUGUGACAACAAGAAAAUGCUGCUCAACCACCAGCUCUCCCACACCAACGACAAGCCCUUUAAGUGUGACUACUGCCAGUAUUCCACGUCCAAGGAGGAGUUCCUGGUGUCCCACCUGGCCAUCAAGCACACCGGUGAGAAGCCGUUCUCCUGCGGCCUGUGCCACUUCACCACCAAGCACCGCAAGAACCUGCGGCUGCACGUGCAGUGCCGCCACCCCGAGGCCUUCGAGGUCUGGAGCGCCACGCACCCCGAGGAGCCGGCGCGCCGCCGCCGCCAGCCCUUCUUCACCCUGCAGCAGAUCGAGGAGCUCAAGCAGCAGCAGGAGGAGGCGCCGGCGGGCCUGCAGAACACCAUCGUGGCGCUAGAUCCUUCCACGUUACAGCCCAUCCAGGGGUUAGGGAAGGCCUCCGUCUCCCAAGAUGCACAUGGAAACACCACCAUUAUCUAUGAAUCAGCGGGACCCAGCGACCUGUCGGCCCAGAACGCCCUGGACCUGCUGCUGAACAUGAGCAACGCCCGGGAGCUGGUGGGCAACUCUCUACAGGUGGCGGUGAUGAAGUCCGACACCAAGGCCGCCGACGGGUCCACCCAAAAGGUGGUGACCUUCCACGUGUCCGAGAGCGGCGACACGGUGAUGCAGGAGGCCUUUGAGGAGGCGGGCGCCAUGGAAACGACAGAGCUAGCGCAGAUCGCCAUGGAGGCCUACGAGGCGGGUGGGGACUUUAGUGUGGUGGAGCAGGCCGUCGAGCAGAUCAACAGCCCGGAGCCAAGAUACAGCAACGAUGAGGGAAGUCCAUCUGCCGGAAUUGACGUCAGCGAGUCAGAGAGCAUGAAGAGUGAAAAAUACUACCUCACCUCUACACUGGCUGACGGAGUUCUGCAGCAGGUGGAGUUGAGCAGUGAGGCCCCUCAGUCCCCCACUGCCGGGGGCUCCCCCGGUCAGAACACCAAGCGCUUCUCCUGUCGGAUCUGCAUGGAGGCCUUCCACGGCCGGUCGGACAUGGAGAACCAUAAGAGGGCGCACUUGGACCCCAGCACCUUCAAGUGUCCCGACUGCAACUUCACUGCCCCCUCCUGGCUCGAAGUCAGAGACCACAUGAAUCUACACGCAUACCUGCGGCCACACAAAUGCCCCAGCUGCAGCUUCGCCUCCAAGAACAAGAAGGACCUGCGACGGCACAUGAUGACCCACACCAACGAGAAGCCCUUCGCCUGCAAGCUGUGUGGACAGAGGUUCAACCGUAACGGCCAUCUCAAGUUUCACAUGGAGCGCUUGCACAACCAGGAGAACGCCGUGCGCAAAAGCCGCGCCCAGACACCCCAGCAGCAGACGAUCAUCGUCCACAACGAUGAGGAGGCCCUGGCCACACUGCAGUCAGCCCUACAGUCGGGCCAGGUGCUCACCCAGGAGAGGCUCCAGGCCCUUGGGCAGGAGCACGUCAUCAUGACCCAGGAGCAGUCCCUGUCCGACCAGGAGGAGGGGUCUUACAUCCAGCAGAUCACCACCAUGGAUGGACAGACUGUUCAGCAGCUGAUGUCGGGAGACAAUCAAGUGACUGAGGUGCAGUACAUCAUCUCAGAGGACGGCGUGCAGCACCUGCUGCCCCAGGAGUACGUGGUGCUGGGCGAUGGGAACCACAUCCAGAUGGCAGAUGGACAGAUCAUCCAGUAUGAACACGACGGGUCGUUUCUGCAGGAACAGAUUGCAGUGAGUCAUGACGGUCAGAUCCAGUACUUGCCUAUCAGCUCCAAGCAGCAGAUCGUCAUCCCAGAAGAGCUGGAGGCUGCGGCCCAUUCUGCCGUCACAGCAGUGGCGGAUGCAGCAGCCAUGGUCGAGUCCCAGACGGUGUACACAACAGAGGCCACGGCCGAACAGCUGGAGCAGCUCCAGCAGCAAGGCAUCCACUACGACGUCAUCACCAUCACCGAGGCCCAGCCGUGAGGACCAUUCAGACACGACCAGAGGAACACCGACAGAUCUCACGUUUCGAUCGUCCGUUUAAGAUUCCUGGGAUUGUCACAUAGAGGGUUUGGGUGGGAUUGAAUUGCACUGUUAAAAAAAGAUAAAUGGCUUUUGUACAUUUAGAAUUGAGGAACAAUCUUUUUUUUAUUUAAAUCGUAGGAACUCUUCAUUUAGGAUGCACGUCAAGCAAGAUAGGCCUGCUGUGUAAAUAUUUAAACGGAUCCAUGUGCCUCGAAUGCUUUGAUUUGCAAAUCAAUUUUGGAUAAGAAGAGAUCUUUUAUGUUAUUGAGAAUGUACUGAACUUUUCAGUUACAAACAGUAACAUGCACGCAGAGUGUUUAUUUUUGAUCUGUAAAAAAAGGAUACAAUUUGGCUGAUGAUUAGCUUUGUGGCAACUGCUUAUGGGUAAUUUGUACAUACUGUUCUAAGUCUCUUUCAUGAUGGGUGGGGGAAAACAUUCAUUGCUGAAUGAAAUCAAACUGUUUACUAGGUCAUGGGGGAGGAAAACAAAUAAAGAGCCACAAUAAAGUUUUAAAGAUAAUGUUUAA